AAUGCCGGUCUCCUGUAGUGCCCUGAACUGCAGGAACCGCUUCAAGAAAGGCAACGGCGUCACCUUUCACAGAUUCCCGCUCUCGAGACCCGACCUGAUGGCAAAGUGGCUGACGGCGGCAGCGCGAGAAAACUGGGUACCGUCGCCCAGAGCGACUCUCUGCAGCAAUCACUUCACAACAGACUGUUUCGAGAAGAGGAACAACAGACGGCAUCUGAAACUUUGCUCUGUCCCAACCAUAUUUCCACCGGCUGCGAACAAGGCUGCAGGCGACAGAAGGGUACACAAGCUGAACACUUCGAGCGCUGACAACAGACACCGUGAGGGAAUGUCAGCGUUGCAGUCGUCACCUUCGCCGUCGGAGGCUGUUUCAGCGUGCGACGCAUUGAGCCAAACAGCUCAGUCAGUUAGAACUGCAGACAAACUAACUCCGCGGACCACGGAGGCUCUCGACACUGGGCGGCUUGCUCAAUUAGCCGCUGCAGCAGCGGUCUUGAACCCCAAAGAAUUGCCUCAGAUCUCGGAAGUUCCUUUCACGCCGUGUUUAUUUACUACACCUUUAGAUCCAACAUCUGCAGUGAUAAUGUCGGAAGGAACAGGUUGGAUAUACACAGAGGUACUUAUCCCUGAGUCACAGACCCACCAAUCAACUGCACCUCUGUGUUCUUCAGAAGGAGUACAGCUUUCCUCUGAGACUGCCCUUUCUCCAAACGAUUUGCCGGAAACGGUGUUUCCUCAGGACCACAGUUAUUUCAUGAGCCCUUACCCCGAUAUAAUCCGGCAAACUUUGGAAAGGAAGCUUGCUUGGGAGAAGAAGAAAAACAAGGAGCAAAGGCAAAAAUUCAGAGUCUUGCAGCAAAAGCUGAAAAGAAAAAAUCAGAAAAUUGACCAGCUCAACAAAAUUAUUAACCAGCUACGGAAAAAUAUCAAGACAGACGAGCAGACAGGUAUUGCACAGUAAGGCACACGCCCGCACGAAACCAAAAUGCUUAUUUAACAACCGUUUGGUUGUUUAAUCAGAAAUGACCUUCGCACUUAAAAGAAAAAUGGAUUGAAAAUGUGCGGCAUUGGUUUUUCAGCAUUUAAUACCUUACAAAGAUGUCUAUGUACCAGUCCAGGUGCCGGCUGAGUCCUGUUGAAGGUGGAUGAGGGCUAACCUUCUCCAGUUGAACGUCAACAAGACCCUUAACUAUCCUUUCCA